GCCGGUGUCUGAGAACCUCUGGCUCGAAGGAUCGUCUGUUUAUGUCGUCGUUUUGUACUCAUUUGUUUACAAAACAGCGCGGAAAGGCUACGAGCCUGCGUUUCGAUUGAGCGCGGUCUCUCACCGGGCGACAUUUUUCACACUCUUCUCUUGACUUUCCGAAGAAAUUGUGGUCCCCCCCCACCCGGAUGAAAGGAUUUUUAUCGUAUUUUUCUUGCGACGCGGGCACGAGCCACGGGGGAACCGCGCCAACGGGAUUAUAACUCCAGCCCUUAAAGGAUUUGAAUUUAUUUGUGAGAAUUUGAAAUAAAGGAAUGCUGCUCUCCAAGCUCAACUCCCUGGCACACAUUUCCACCGACAUGCCGGCGAAGCUGCAAGUUCAUCCAGCCAAGGAGCCCUUCGAGAAGCUCUACCAGGUCGGGGCGGUGUUGGGCAGCGGGGGCUUUGGCACCGUAUAUUCCGGCACAAGGACAUCAGACGGUGCACCGGUGGCUGUCAAACAUGUUGCCAAGGACCGGAUCUCUGAGUGGGGGGAGCUGGCAAAUGGCUCCCGGGUUCCGAUGGAGAUUGUGCUGUUAAAGAAGGUCGGGACGGGCUUCAGGGGCGUGAUCAAGAUGUUGGACUGGUUUGAGCGAGCAGACAGCUUCAUUAUCGUCAUGGAGAGGCCCGAAAACGUCAAGGACUUGUUCGACUUCAUCACGGAGAAGGGCGCCCUGCCGGAGGAGCUGGCGCGUAGCUUUUUCCGCCAGGUGCUUGAGGCUGUGCGUCACUGUCACAGCUGUGGCGUAGUGCACCGAGACAUCAAGGACGAGAACAUUCUCAUUGACCUCCGGACUGGAGAGAUCAAACUCAUCGACUUUGGCUCCGGAGCCCUGCUGAAGGACACCAUUUACACAGACUUUGAUGGCACACGAGUUUACAGUCCGCCAGAAUGGAUUAAAUACCACCGCUAUCAGGGGCGCUCUGCCACAGUGUGGUCGCUGGGUGUGUUGCUGUACGACAUGGUGUGUGGAGAUAUCCCUUUUGAACACGAUGAGGAGAUUCUACAAGGGCAGGUCCUCUUCAGGAGGAGAAUCUCUGCUGAGUGCCAGCAGCUGAUCAAAUGGUGCCUUUCUUUGCGGCAAACUGAUCGGCCAUCCUUCGAGGACAUCAUCAAUCACUCGUGGAUGCAGAGCACAUCCUCUUCGGCGCUCCUGCCUGCGCCGCAAACGGACAAGUCGAGCACAGAGAUCGAAUUGCGCAGCAUCAGCCACGAGCCCUCUGCCUUUUCACCCACCCCUCUGGUCGUGGCAACGUGAUGGUGGAGAAAAGCACCGCAUUCAGAACCUUGCUAUCCUUGUGCCUCAUUUGAUUUACUCCCUGUGACCACAUGAAACCACCAUCUAUCUCCACUGGACUCUGAUGUGUGAUUGUUAGCCUGUAGCAGGGCAUGCUCUGUUUGCAGAACAGCACAUGUUGCUAGGAGAGUGUGAGUUAUGUAACCACUCUGCUGCAGAUUUGUUCUUAAAAGUGCCUUAUGAGACUGGGGUGGGAGGCCUGGAAAUACUUGAAUUUGGAAUGCAAAAAAAACAAAAAAAAAGGCUAAUGUUUUUGACGGUCUUUCAGUUCUUACAACCACUACUAGCACUACAACAACUCAAUCCAAUGUCAAGAGCAACCAGACAAACCUCUCAGCUCUGGCAUUUGGUACAAACAACAAAACUGGACUUACCUCACCCACCUCUUUAACACAGCAUCUGCCUUUCACCCUCUAUACCGGCUUUUCUUAAUAUCAACACCCGCAACCACACCUUAAUGCAAUGUCAACCAUAUCUAAAUGCACCACCCUUUACUUUCCUGGACAUUUCGAGAAAAAAAAAACAUGUCAAAACAGUGCCUCACACAGGUCUUGAACAUUUGGUGGGAGGCAUAAAUUGUAUGAUAAUGGUAUUUAUUUUUUUGUGAACAGAUUCUUGUCUAGAUUUUUAUUUAUUUUAUUUAUGAGAAGAAUUACGGCUGUUCGUAUAUUUCAUUCCACAGUCACUGAAGGGCCCAUCAUUAUUUAAGUGACAAAGACAAGAUUAUUUUUUGACCAUAUUUAUUAUGGCUUGAUUUUUUUUCUUUUAUAAAAGAAAAGACACACACACCGUAUGUGUCUAUGUUUGUGUAUGUCCUGUAAAUACAUGUAAAUAGUUUCCAAAGCACUUCCAUGUUAGUGUAUUUGAACACUGAAAGUCUACUGAUGAUAAAUUGGAUGCAGUGUGUUUGUGUGUAUGAGUGUGAAAAAACUCAUUUGGAUGCAGCUUUGAUUGUCUCUUUUGUUCAGCCAUUCAGGUUAGAAUUGUAAAUUAUGUUAGAAAUUAUUUUUUAUACAAGUUCAAUAAAUAUUUUUGUUACAA